AUACUAGUUUGAUGUGCUAUUUCCACUUCCGUUUUGCGACACCAUCUUCCUAAAAUACUGGUGUCUCAGUUUCCUGUAGUAUUCACCACAUAUAAUUAGCAAUUUGCAGUUCAACCCUAGGAUUACCCCAGCAGCUGUGAUCUCAGAUGAAUUUAUCCAGGAGCGCAAAGGAGAUGGAGAGAACAGGGACUGAGAGUCUGGAUGGGACGGAAGCUGUGGAGCAGGAGGCCAAGAGGCCAGGUAUAGAAACAAAGAAAAUGCUAAUCGUAUCAAGUAUGCUAUUUGGAGGCAUCACCAUUCUUCUUUGGGCAAUGUUAGGAUUUCCUAGAAAAUUUAAAAAUCCAAGGAUCUUUAAAGGAAAGUCAUGCACUUGGGAUGCAAUUACAUGUCCACAAGGCUGGAAUCAAAUCCAUAAUAAAUGCUUCUUUCGAUCUGAACAAGAAAAAACUUGGAGAGACAGCCAGGCAAACUGUAUGGCCUAUUAUGGAACUCUGGUCAUAUUCAGCUCCCAGAAUGAAGUGGACUUUUUGACCUACCAUCUGGGGACCUCUUCUUAUUGGAUUGGACUGAAAAAGCAAAAUGCAAGUGAACGCUGGAUGUGGGCGAAUGGUAAUGCAUUUAGCAAUAGGUUCACUAUUGAAGGAAGUGGAAAUUGUGCCUUCAUUUUUAAGAAGGGCAUAAGUAGUGCCAAUUGUGAAAAUGCAAAAAAAUUUAUAUGCAGUAGAAAAGGUGUUUGUCGUUAG